UUAUCAUUCGACGCGACGGCAGAUUGAGAUUGCGCCUUCUGAAAUUGAGAUAUUGACAGACAUAGAUACAUAAAAUCUCGAAAGAAAGAGGAUAGUUGCAAUCUAUUACGUAUUAAACGUGAUUUUUUUAAGUUUAGUGCUGAAUAUUGAGAAAUGGCAGAGCUAGAAGAAGCGGAAGUGGUGAUGUCGCCACCGACAAAAUCACCAAGUAAUAAAGUUCAAGACCUCCAGGCCAAGGGGGAUGUGCUUGCUAAAGCGUGGAUGGACCUGUUUAGUUCUGUGACCGAGUACCAGGCUGAACUGGCCCUGAAAGAAAGCUUGUUGGACAUUGCCGAGAUGGAAAUAGCCACACGAAAGAAACAGCAAGAGGAAAUGAGGACUGUGAUCGAGGGCGGCGAUGAGGCUGUGGCAAAACUACAAAAUGAAAUGGCAGCUAAAGAAACAGAACGUCUGCAAAUGCAAUUGGAACUCAAAACAAAAGAACAGUUACUUGAGAGCGUGCAGUCAGAUCUCAAGAAUAGUAAACAAUCAAAUGAGACGUUGCAGAGCGAUGUGGCAGCAAAGGAGAGACAACUCCAGCAUAUACAAUUAGAACUCAAUUCAAAAGAACAAUUGCUUCAAAGUGUGCAGUCUGAUCUGAAGAAUUGUAAACUAUUGAAUGAAAAAUUCAACCAGAAGAAGUCGGAAUUGAUGGGGAGUCAAACAGAAAUUGCAUCCCUGAAAUCAGAUUUAAUAAUGAAGAACAGUUUGUAUACAAAGUUGUCAGAGGAACAUGAGGAGCUCAAGCAUGAUUUGGACAUACAAGUGAAAACUGUGGAAUUGGAGAGAAAAUCUUUAGAAAUGGAACGGAAAGCUCAUGACAUGACUAAAAGAAGUCUUGUGUAUGCAAGUGGAAAUAGAAGUCCAAGUGCUCCCCUUAAGGUGAAAACUGAUGAUUCUAAUGAUCAUGAAGAUGGAAUGGACAAUGGAAUGGAUGAUGAAGAUGGCAACGUGGUUUCAGAUGUUGCUUCUCCUUCAACUUCUCCUGAGAAACCAAUGCGGGUUUCAAAGCGUAAAAAGAAUCCAUCUGCUAGAGUUAUAGCGCCAAAGCCAGAUGCAUCGCCUAAGACUGUCCGAUUUGUCGUCCGCAAAGGUGGAAAGGGAAAUAUCGUCUCCCUUGCUUCAAGUUCAAGUCCAGGGUCCUCUACAGAGCCCAUGGUAACACAGCCAUCCCAAACCACUUCGACUGAUACACCUGCAUCGACGAGUGAAGUCUAUUUCCCAUUAACUCUGAGUGUCACUAGCAGUGCUGGUGGUGGCGAUGUGGAAGAUAUGGUUCUUGUGAAUGAGGCUGCUACUUCUGAAUCUGCACCAGGAACACCCAUGGGAGGGCCGCCCACAAAAAAAUCAAUGAUCAGAGCAAGGCGGGAUCUUCGCGAUCCGGGUAGCACCAGGGAUGCAUGGACUGCUGCCGAUAUGACUAUGGCAAUCAACGACGUUCAAAAUGGAGUCCUGAAUUUAAGACAAGCUGCACGACAAUACAAUCUUCCAAAAACGACGCUAGCUGAUAGGGUCAAGGGAAGAAUCAAAUCAUUUGUGAACCCGCCGGACACGACUUCAGUGGAACUCUCUCGUGAAGAUGAACUGAAAAUUCAUGACUAUAUCAUCCAACAGGAAAAAAUAGGUCAUGUGGUGACAAAAACGCGAGUGCAAGAGUACGCUUCAAGACUUGUUGCUGACAUGGGAAGAACAGGCACAUAUGAUUUUGGAGAUGAAUGGUAUCGCUCCCUGUUCUUGAGAGUGCGGCACUCUGGAGCUUGGAAAAGUAGGAGAAAGAGGAUAAAAAAGGAGAUGUUUGACUGUUGAUAUUUAACAGUGUUGUACUAGGACUGUGACUGUUCAAUGCAUAAGUGUUGUGCAAACAAAAUUCUUUGGCAGGAUGUUCAUAUUUUGACACAAUUUAGACUUCAUUUCAGUUUUGACAAGCUUGGUAGCAAAAUCUGUCCUGGUGCUCUAUAAAACUAUCACCAGCUCCAGGAAUCUGUACUGUUUUUUUUUUAAUUGUUGGCGAAGAGUUACAACCAGUAAACAAUAUUUUAAGGGUACCCUUAGGACAAAACUCCAGGUCAAAGGUACAAGUAGAUGUCUCACAGGUUCUCCUCUGUUUAUCAUGAUUUUUGAUGUUGUUGUAGUUUAGUUUAGUAGUUUACUUUAUUCGAGGAUACAUGUACACAGCAAUAGAAAACAUACAUGUAACAUAAUCGAUACAUUAAAUAAACUUUUAAAAAUAUGCAUUGGUAAAUACAUACACCACUGGUAACCAUAUAGGUCAUAAUGGCACCAAGAAAGAAGGACGGCAGAACGGAUAUUCAAGAUGAUGACGACAUGCGCAUCAGCUAGGUGGGUCGGCAAUUAAAGCAAAGACAAAAGCUGACGAAGGUACACAUGUCGUCAACAUCCAGACUGUCCAUUCUGUCUACAUAAAAUUUCUCUAAAUGGGUCUUAAAAGAUCUUUUUUUUACUUCUGACUUCAAGAGGUUAAAAGUUCUGUAACUUUGGAAUUCUAAUAAAAUAAGAUGCUCCGAACGUUUCGGAAUGAAAUCUCGUCGGCCCAAGUCGUAAACCGUCCCUUGUUGUUUUCGGACGUAUUAACCGCGGUCUUGUAAUUUGGGUCUCGAAGUCAAAUGAUACAAUGUAUAGUUUUUGUUCUAAUUGGGUUUUGUGUAUGCAGUGUUACUCACUUCACAGUUUUCCACGUUGAACUCAUUCUUUGUAUCACAGCAUUAAAAAGGUCCUGGUCCUGCCCUGAGACGAUCAUGCCAUCGCUCUGUUGGCCUACGGUGUUCGUAUUCACUGGUGGUCCAGGAGAAUCGAAAUGCACUUCACAGUGCCAUAGCGCAAUUGUUAUGCAUAAAAAUUUGCUUCAAUAAUACUUGGUAUUAGUGGUAUUUUUAUAUCUGUCUAUAAAACGGCAAUGAUGAAAGACAUAUUCUGUACAUAUUAUAAUAUACGCUGUUGGAAGUUUUCAAAUUCAAUUACAAAUUUUAAAAGAACGGCGUAGGCCUUUAGCAUUUUAUCUGGGUGAUCUUCUCUUGAUUGAGACAACACAUUGUAUAUGUUGACUUUUGUCAAAUAUAGAAAGAUAAGUUUCUCAAAAUGAACAUGUUUCAUUUCUUACAGAUAGAUGAUCAGAUUUUUAUACUUGAAGAAAGCAGUCUGAGUCGACCAAAACUUACAAGGAAUUUUCCUCCAAAGAAGUGUCCUGUUUGCAAAGAAAUGAUCACGUCAAAAUUCCAGCAGCAUGUUCGGGA